UGCAAAUUAAUUUCAUUUUAUCGUCUCGCUAAUAGUUUUUGUAAAUAAUCAGAUAUCGAGAUACCUUUUGAAGUUCGUGUUCUUAUAAUCUUGUUAUUAUUAAUAUCGUACGACUGAGGCAUUAUUGUGGGGUUGCUCCUAACAGUUAUCGCAGCUGAAUUUUCGAAGUCGAAGUUUAACACAGACUUAUCUCCCUGUAGUGACUGUGCGGUUGUGUUUGCGGUCGUAUUGCGACUAUUGCCUGGAGAGAACCCGUUUCAAGAGAAAUAAUCUGCAAUAAGUUCUUGCUGUCGGAAAACAUUAACAGGCCGGAGAUUCUGUAGACUGCGAAUCUACAAGCCAUCUUGACGCGACAGUUGCGACUACAUCGACAGCGGCGCUCGCUAUGGCUCAUAACGCUUAUAAUCGACCUGGUUGGCCCAAAGGUCCCGGUCCUCAGCAGUAUAUGGAGACUACUCACCAGCCUCCAGCUCCGAUGCAAGGGAAAUCCCGCAGUAUUAAAGUGUAUUCACUGACAAACUAUACUUUUGGCACGAAGGAUCCCGUGUAUGAGAAGGACCAUUCCGUACAGGAGCGCUUCAUUCGCUUGCGGAGGGAAUACGAGAAGUUCGGAAUGCGUCGUUACGUGGAUGCCGUCCUGUUGGUGCAUGAGCACAAAAUGGUGCAUGUACUGCUACUUCAGUUGGGGAAUACGUUUUUUAAACUUCCGGGCGGAGAGCUGAAUGAAGGGGAAGAUGAAGUGGAGGGACUGAAGCGGCUGCUGCACGAAUGUCUGGGCAGACAAUCGGGCAGUCCGGAUGAAUGGGCCAUCGAUGAGGUUGUCUCCAACUGGUUCCGGCCCAAUUUCGAGCCGCCGCUAUAUCCGUACGUUCCGGCACACUGCACCAAACCUAAGGAACAUCGUCAGAUGUUUCUCAUAACUCUGCCCGAUAAAGCCAUGUUCAACGUUCCCAAAAACUACAAGCUGGUGGCCGCUCCAUUGUUUGAAUUGUACGACAAUGCACAGGGAUAUGGCCCCGUUAUUGCCAAUCUGCCGGCCGCGCUCUCUCGUUUUAACUUUGUUCACGUUUAAUCCUCUACACCUCUGACAGAUGGUAGUUUUGCGUUAUAAGCUGGGACCUUGUUUAUUUGUUGAUACAUAAUACUUAUUUCUUCAGCGCUGUUCAACUUGUUAUUAUGUUUUUUCUCAAGAAAUCAUUAUUAUGAAUAUGAAUGUUCAUAGUAUACUCCAUACAAUAAUGUGGUGUCGAAUCAGUAAUUUGUUAUAAGUAUUAAUUUCGUUAUUGUGUGGAUGAUAGCGUACUGUAUGUUCCAAAAGUACCGAAGCUGUUUUGUUGAAAAGUAUUUUCUUUUUACAUAUUGUUGCGACAUGACGCAAUGGCUGAAAUUUUAUUAUCGCAAUUAAACUGCUACUUCGUGUUGUUAA